CUGUACACGGGGACGUUCGAGGGAGGGAGGCUGAGAGGGAUGGGAAGCUGCAAGCUGGAGAAUGGGGACGUGAUCGAAGGCGUGUGGGAGGAGGGAGUUUGCGAGGGGAGGCGGUUGUAUAAGUCAGGAGACGUGUUCACGGGAACGAUACGAUCCUUCCUGAGAGACGUGAAGGGGGAUCACGAAUACGUGGAUGGGACGAGGUACGAAGGAGGAUGGAGGAAGGAUGUGAGGUACGGGGAGGGGAGGAUUGUGUUCCCCAACGGAGAUCACCUGGAAGGAACGUGGAAGGACGGGGAAUGCGAGCGAGCGAGUGGGAGGCAAGGGACGUGUCGGUACGUCAACGGGGACGAGUACGAGGGGAGCUGGAGGGGAAGUCAGCCGCACGGGCAAGGCAGGAUGGCGUAUGCUGAUGGAUCGUUCUUCGUCGGGUCUUGGAUACAUGGGAAGCCGCAACGAGAGGGGAGAGGCUGUCUGCAGUUCUUCUGGGGAGAUGUAUACGAGGGGGAGCUGGUGGGAGGGAGGCCGGAGGGGAAGGGGAGGAUGAGCUAUCCUGACGGGGGGUACGUGGAGGGGCACUGGAAGGAAGGGGCUCCCAGUGGAGUGAACCAGGGGAGGAAGAGGAUGAUGCUUGGGGAGUACGAGGGUGGGAUGCAGGAGGGGAUCCCCCAGGGCUGGGGCACGUUCGUGUACGACGACGGCAGCAAGUACGUGGGGCAGUUUGAGGAAGGAGAAGCGCAGGGGGAAGGAGAGCUGAUCUCCUCUCAAGGAAUCACGAUCUUCUCGGGAAGGUUCGAGCGAGGAGCACCAGCAGGAGCUGCGGUGAAGGAAUGG